AUGUUGACCCUCUACUGCCCUUCCCUCGACAAGACCAAGAGCGACUUCAGCGUCGGGCCCUUCAAAAAGCAUGGCGAGCUCCUUCAAGACAUUCGCUCAGUCUUCAGUAUCGACUACGCCGCCGUCUACGACAUCCGCGCCCAACCGAUCGCCGACCUCUGCGCCUGCGAAGCGGGACAGAUUGUACAAGUCGCCGCGUCAAAGGACGAGAUCAUGAAGUUCUACAAACCCAGGAACUGCAUCUUCUACAACGGUGAAGAAGAGGUGUCCAAUGAGUGGGUCGACGGUUACGGCUUGCCGUGGAAGGAUCUCAACGACUAUCAGAGGUGCGCGCACGUCAUGAGCCUCGGCAAAGGUCCAGGAGGUUUCGUCUUGGACAACACCAUCCGGAUCACGCGCCCGUACGCCGACAUUCAAAAAGACCUGAAGGAAGUCGCCGGUGCCGCUCCGGACGGUAUGGAAAGCAAGCGCAACCUUGGGAUUGCGAUCUUCUUGAAUUGGGCUUGGAAAUGGGAGAUGCUCCUACCCGCUUCAAUGAAGCCCGCCAAGGAUAACGACAUGUCCUCCAAGGUUCUCGGUCUCCUAGUCGUCCUUUCCUCUUUCACUCACGGCUCCGCGAGCCUAGUACGCCGCUACCUCGUCGACACCGUCAACGCCCGCGUCUCUGGUGCGGAAGACGACGAGACGAAAGACCCUCUCCUCCGCGCUCAAGACGUCGUGCAUGUGAUCAGCAUACUGUAUGACAAGGCGGGUAGUCUGGCAGCCAAGAUAACACUGGCCAAGGAGAAGGCGAUGAAGGACAAGAUGAAAGCAAAGGAGGGCAAGAAGGCCUGGAGGAGGAGGCAGAAGAUGGGAGGAAAGGGCGAGGCGGGAGAGGAUAUGGAUGAGAUUGCCGAUCGGCUGGAUGGUGUUUAA